AUCGGCGGCCUCCGUUCGGGUGAGGGGGCGUGGCCGCUAUGACGCGCCGGGGAAGUGUCUGACGGGAGCUGUGUGUGUGAGUUCCGUACAGCAUGGCUGCUAAGGUAGUGCUAACCAGGAGGGCUGAUCCAGCUGAGCUGAGAGUUAUAUUUGACAAGUAUGCCAGUGUGGAAAAAGAUGGAGACCACUUCAUGUCUCCUCUUGAUUUUGCCAGACGUUACCUGAACCUCACGGGAGAUGGAGAGCCGAACCCCAAAACUAUCCAGCUCCUCGCGGGUGUGGUGGACCAAACCAAAGACGGGUUAAUUUCCUUCCAAGAGUUUGUAGCAUUUGAGUCUGUCCUGUGUGCGCCUGAUGCGUUAUUCAUGGUGGCCUUCCAGCUCUUUGACAAAACUGGAAAAGGAGAAGUAACAUUUGAGGAUGUAAAACAAGUGUUCGGCCAGACCACUAUUCACCAGCAUAUACCAUUCAACUGGGACUGUGAGUUCGUCCAGCUGCACUUCGGUAAAGACCGGAAAAGGCUUUUACCGUAUGCUGAAUUCACUCAGUUUCUGCUGGAAAUACAACUUGAACAUGCGAGGCAGGCAUUUGUCCAGCGUGACACGGACCACACCGGAACGAUCAACGCCAUGGACUUCAGGGAUAUCAUGGUCACCAUUCGCCCACACUUCUUGACACCAUUCGUUGAACAAUGCUUAGUUGCUGCUGCUGGAGGUACUAUAUCUCAUCAGGUCAGCUUUUCCUACUUUAAUGGAUUUAAUUCCUUGCUUAACAACAUGGAACUUAUUAGAAAGAUCUACAGUACCUUGGCCGGCAAUAAGAAAGACGUAGAGGUCACCAAAGAGGAGUUUGUGUUGGCUGCUCAGAGAUUUGGUCAAGUUACACCCAUGGAAGUUGACAUACUGUUCCAAUUAGCCGAUUUAUAUGAGCCAAGGGGGCGCAUGACCAUGGCAGAUAUUGAAAGAAUUGCUCCUCUUGAAGAGGGAGCUUUGCCCUACAACCUGGCAGAAGCUCAGAGACAGCAUCAAGGCUCCGGCGAUGUGUCCCGUACUAUCCUUGUCCAAGUGGCCGAGUCGGCUUACAGAUUUGCUCUUGGUUCAAUCGCUGGAGCUGUGGGCGCCACUGCGGUUUACCCCAUCGACUUGGUGAAAACACGAAUGCAGAACCAGAGAUCUACCGGAUCGUUUGUAGGGGAACUCAUGUACAAGAACAGUUUUGAUUGUUUUAAGAAAGUGCUGCGGUACGAAGGCUUCUUUGGACUCUACAGAGGUCUCCUGCCCCAGCUCCUGGGAGUGGCGCCAGAAAAAGCUAUUAAAUUAACUAUGAAUGAUUUUGUACGGGAUAAAUUUACAAUUAGAGACGGUUCCAUCCCGUUGGCAGCCGAGAUCCUCGCGGGUGGAUGUGCUGGAGGCUCGCAGGUGAUUUUCACCAACCCCCUGGAGAUUGUAAAGAUUCGCCUGCAGGUGGCCGGAGAAAUCACCACAGGUCCCCGCGUCAGCGCCCUCACCGUACUGCGAGAUCUAGGCUUCUUCGGGCUGUACAAGGGAGCCAAGGCAUGCUUUCUCCGUGACAUCCCCUUCUCUGCCAUCUACUUUCCCUGUUACGCCCACAUGAAGAGCUCGUUUGCUGGGGAAGAUGGUAGAGUGAGCCCCGGCUAUCUCCUCUUGGCCGGAGCCAUCGCCGGUAUGCCGGCGGCCUCCCUCGUGACCCCUGCUGAUGUCAUCAAGACUCGGCUCCAAGUCGCAGCGCGGGCCGGUCAGACGACGUAUAGCGGGGUCAUCGACUGCUUCAGGAAAAUACUGCAAGAGGAAGGACACCGGGCGUUGUGGAAAGGAGCCGGAGCCCGUGUGUUCCGCUCCUCUCCUCAGUUCGGUGUGACGCUGGUGACCUACGAGUUACUGCAGAGAUGGUUCUACGUAGAUUUUGGCGGAAAGAAACCAGCCGGUUCAGAGCCAGUCCCUAAAUCUCGAAUCACCCUCCCAGCUCCAAAUCCCGAUCACGUUGGUGGUUACAAACUGGCCGUGGCGACUUUUGCAGGAAUUGAAAGCAAAUUUGGACUCUACCUCCCUCGAUUUCAGCCAUCGCCACCUACCUCUAAGACAGUUGUUGCUAAAGCGUGAGGGGCAGGACGGACGGGCCGAGAGAUAAUUAGAUGCAAUUACAUUAUAUGUUACAAUGUGCCCUGCCUACAGAAUCAUUUCCUUUUCAUCUUUUAUUCCAGAUUCAUCAGUUUUUUAGAACAAAUAGUGUUCUUUUUAUCUGCAGUUCUCUGUAUUUGGUUCUCUUCCUUACCCUAUAUCAAAGAAAGGCAAUUUGUGGUAUUCCGGUCACUGUGGGACUGCAAAUCCCAGCAUGCCUAGCUAGCCUCUUGUCCCCCAACACCUGGGGGACCCCUGGCCGUAGCCAGCCUCUUGUUCCACAACACGUGGGGCACCUCUAGCUGAGAUUGUGAGCUUUUGUUGGGUCUGGGGACCACCAGAAAUGCACUUUGUCAUGAGCCAUCAGUCCAGAGAUAAAAGUGUAUCAGAUAAAACAGUGGUUCCCGUACUCUGCCCUCAAGGCACCCUAGCAGGCCAGGUUUUACGGAUAUCAUUCACUCAGCACAGAUGGUGACCUCAAUAUGAAUGAGGUACUAGGUAAGUCACCUACAUCCAGCAUGUAUAUCCUUAUAACCUUGAGGACAAAGCAUUUGGGAGCCACUGAUAAUAAAUGAAAUACAGCAAGUGUCCAAAUUGUUACAUAAUUAAUAUGACUUUAGCUAACACUAAUUACUUAUAUGUUGACGUCUGCAGACAGUUAAUUUAUAAAUCAGUGUGUCGUUAUAAAGUAUAACGUCCGGAUCUUCCAAAUGUGAACGGACAUUCCAUAAAUCAUUCUGGAUGUUCUCCAGGCCAGUAUUAGGGAAAGUGCACCAUGAUGGUAUGUGUAGGUAAACCUGUAUGAAUUGUAUAAUGUUUGGUUUAUGUUACAUGUAGAUUACAAAAGCAAUUUUAUAAAAUCAGCAGCAGAUUUUAAGGAACACAUAAUGAGUACGUCAGGAUUGGAUCAUUUACAUUUUGUGUCCAAAAUGUGUAUUUUGUAAUUGGAAUCUAUUUCACACGCUAGUUAUACAACCCAUUCAGUGGCUCUUUCCCAGUAUACUGUUCUAUCACCAAGUAUAUAAAGGGCUACGUCAGGUUUUAGCAACAUGUUGUUCUGCAGCUGUUGGACUACAACUCCCAGUAUGCUCUGCCAAACAUUCUGAUGAAGGUAGCUUAACAGCCGACGGACCGCACGUUGCUCAGUCUAAUAAGUAAAGUUAAAUUGUCACAUAAUUUGAAAGUUAAUUUCACCUGAUAAUUACAUUCCUGCCAAGUUACAAUGUACUAAAAGCUUAACACUGCUUACAAGUAAAACGAUGGAAGAUAUAAUUAUUGUCUAUAAGUGUAGCGUUAGCUGUCCGAGGCUCUCGUGGAGUAAAUUGAAUAUAUAUUGUUAUUUAAUGACAUCAUAACGUAAUACGAUGAAGUUUCUGCACCAAAGAAAAGACAUUGGACACUAGAAAUAAGUUGGACAGAGGACAGCCACUAACUACACGGUAGCUGGAAUGAGUUGUCACCUGUACAGCGGACGGUACAAUCUAGAACACGCCAGCAACAUAACUGGAGGGUGUAAAUUCGCUCAAUAUUCGAUUAAACAAGUUUUGUUUUGUUUUUGGGGGAGGGGGGUUGUUAGGCUGAAAAUAUAUACACUGGUGAUUCCGAUUUUCCCAAUGUGUAUAUUACAUAAUAUGGGAUUGUCCUUGUUGCCUAUACACACUGGACGCAGCCAUGUUUGCAAUUCACUAGCAAACGGCGGCAUCACGGAGAGCAUGAGCAGUGCGGGAUGUGGGUCACAGCGCAAUAAAGAACUCUUGUAAUAUGAAAUCCAACCAAUGUUUGAAUGAUGCACUUAAUGUAAUGCUGCUUAUAUGAAACGUAGAGAAUCCGUGUACUGUAAUAAUGAAUGCCUUACCGAGUCUCUGUCACGUGACCGGGAUCACGCAGACCAGCGUCUGUUAUAGGGGACGGUUACCAGUGUCCUGUACGGGGCUGGUGGCUGUGUCCUGUUACCAUAAGAGCAGUUUUUGGUUUGUACGGCUGAUGGUGAAUCUCCGUAGUCUGUGUUACUAUGUAGGCAUUGGUCAUAUAAUUUUGGUAAUUACAAUGCAGUCUGUUACAGACUAUGUCGUAUAAGUCUAAUAAACCUGAACAGAGGACAAA